AUGUCAGAAGAUUACAGUGUCGGCAAGAGCCGUUGGUCUCAGGGCGAUGAUGGCGAUGAGUCACUGGAAAUCCGCAUUCCCAUCGUGUUGCCGCAGUCCGCGCGGGCGAAGGAGUUGACGGUGGAAGUGAAGGACCUCGCUAUUUUAUGUGUGCGCCAUCGUGAGACGGUCAUUCUGCAAUGGCGCCUGUACGAGCCUGUGGCGAGGGAGGUGGAGUGGCGGGUGGAGGACGAGGGAUCGCUGCUCGUGUUGGACUUGGCGAAGAAGAGCCCGAGUGUGUGGCCGUGUUUGUUGGAUUUGCCCAUGCAGCAGAAUGAUGAACUGUUCCUCUCACACGCCGAGCUGGAUGUGCUCUUCCGUGAGCAUCUCCCUUCUAUGCCAGAAUCUACCAAGGAGGAUCAGAGUAAUACUAAUGAUGCUAAUACGCAGCAGACAAAAGAAGGUGCGGAUCUUGAUAAUGAAGAAGAUCUGGAUAAGUUAUUGGAAGAGGCAGCUGAAGAAGUGGUUGGAACUCCAUCAAAGAGGAAUGAUAAUGAAUUUAUUCAAGCAGAGUUGGAAAACUACAAGGCAGAAGAGACAGAAAUUCAGAAAAAAUUACUUGAGACACAGACUGCAUUGGAAUCUAAUGUUGAUGGAGAAGGAGCAAAGGAGGCUCAAAAACAGAAGGAAAUUCUAGAAGAAAUAUUACGAUUACAUAACCUUAUUCGUGAAAAACGUACACUUCCUUCUACUCUUGAUGGUUUUCUUGAAAUUACUCAGUUGGAAAUUCGUAAAGCUCGUGCUUGUGUAAGUGAAUUGGAAGAUGAGAAGGAGACCUUUGCUUCUGAGGAGGAACGUGCUAUGGAAGCACAUGAACUUAUGGCAAAAGGAUUAAAACAUUUUGGAGAACAAGAUAUUCAAUCUGCAUUACAUUUUCUUCGUCUUGCAGCUAUUCACCACAAUCAUGAACAAAGUACUCUUAUUCUUUAUAACAUUUACACUGAACUUGGUUCACCACGAGGAGCUUUUUUGCUUCUGAAACUUGCUCUUAAAGGGGAUAGUAUCAGUGCCGCUGCUAAUUUAAAGGUUGGUGAACAAUUUGAUACUGGUGCUCGUCAUUUUCUUCCUUUAUUUCCAGCAGCAAUGUACUUUUAUCAACGAGCUGCACAAGCUGGAAAUGUUCAUGCCAUGUUAGCCAUAGCGCAACUUUACCUUCGUGGUUCUACCUCUUCAACUAUGUUAACUACUGAACAGAUGGAAGGAUUAAAAAGUGUUGAAAAGUAUCAUUCUUGGAUUGAACGAGCUAUUGAUCGAGGAUGUGGAUCUGCUUACUUUGUAAAGGGUUGUAUGUAUCUUGAGGGUGAACAUGGUUGCCGCAAGUCGUAUCAAAUCGCAAAGGAUUACUUGGAAAAGGCUACAUCAUCGCAACCAGGAAUUAAAAGACGUGCCGCACAUGUAUAUGUACUACUAGAGAGACUGCGACAAGAGGAAGAAGGGGUAUCAGAGCCAAAGAUUGUCGCUUCACCCUUAACCCUUGCAAAAGCUAAACAAGCCAAUACUUAUAACGAUAAUGUUGAUACCAAGGAUGAUGAUGGAAAUGGUGCCGUACAGGUAAGUGCUUCAAUGGAUCGAUUAAGUAAGAUAAGUAGCAAGGGUGUUGCUCCUGAUGCUGGUGUUAUGCGUUCUAAAAAGAUGGCGAAUCACUCUUCCAAUACCAGAGUAUUCUGGGAGAAGGCAGUCACUACUGGCGUGUCUCUUUACAGUCUUUACACCAUUACUUUUCCCCUACGCGUUAUGCUUCUUCCAUACUUCUACACUUUUAUUGGACCUAUUGUGGAGCGCAUUCCUUGGCUGAGUGCCGCUCCUCCACCCAUGCAGUUUUAA